AUGAACACGAUAGUUCGAAUGAUCCAAGAGACCCAAGACUCAGUUUCCGAUGAGGCUUUACUUCCCCUGAAGUCCUACAAGUACUCCAGCGUGGACAAGUCCUACAUUUCCAAUUACAUCCUGAAACACUAUUGGAAUGCCUUCGUCGAAUUGCUGCCCAUGUGGAUGGCACCCAACAUGGUGACCCUCCUUGGCUUUGUUUUCAUUGUAGUCAAUGUCUUCUUCAUUGAAGUUUUCAUGCCAGACAUGAUCGGACCAGGACCUUCGUGGUUGUACUUCAGCUUCGCCCUUGGCAUGUGGAUGUACUCUACUUUGGAUAAUGUUGAUGGUAAACAAGCCCGAAGAACGGGAACUUCCAGCGGGCUAGGAGAACUGUUUGAUCACGGAAUCGACUCCCUGAAUUGCACAUUGGCCAGUCUUCUUGAAACUGCAGCAAUGGGCUUUGGUGCCUCGCAGCUUGGCGCGUAUACCGCGCUUGUGCCUUGCCUCGCGAUGUACUUCUCCACUUGGGAGACUUUCCACACCCACACCUUAUACCUGGGUUAUUUUAACGGCCCUACUGAGGGACUCAUCAUCGCCAUCAGUAUCAUGAUUGCGUCCGGCAUAUAUGGGCCUGGAAUUUGGUCACGUCCAAUCAUCGAGCUCAUCAACAUCCCCCAGAUCUUUGGCAACAACUCUGUCAAGGACAUUUGGGUCCCGAUUCUCGUUGGUGGCUUCUUCUUUGGCCAUCUUCCUGGAUGUAUCAUGAAUGUGAUUGCUGCGCGCAAGAAGCAAGGCUUGCCGUUCACCCCUCUUCUGAAAGAGUGGAUUCCCAUGAUUGGCUUCACCCUGUGCAACAUCGCCUGGCUCUUCUCACCUCACAGCACUGUCUUGGCCAACAACCACCUCAUUCUGUACUGCUGGACCAUCUCCUUCGUCUUUGGACGCAUGACCACCAUGAUCAUUCUGGCUCACCUGCUGCGUCAGCCAUUCCCUUACUGGACUAUUCUUCAAGCUCCUCUCAUCGGCGGAGCUGUCCUCGCGAAUCUGCCUUUGCUCGGCUUCUCCCCAGUCAGUGCAUCGUUGGAGCUCUUGUAUCUGCGCGCGUACUUUGUCUUCGCCUUUGUAGCGUACUCAUACUGGGCAGUACUGAUCAUCAAUCGGAUUACUACAUUCCUAGGAAUCAACUGCCUCACGAUUCGCAAGGACCGAUCCGCCGCUCGUGACAGAGUCUUCCAGAACUUUGGCGAAGCUGGACUUUCUGGUUCGCGCAAUAGCAAUGAUGACGCCCUUAAAAGCCACUAA